AUGUUGAUCAACACAGGCGUCCUACCCCAAACACUGACAUGCCUAGAGUUCCCUCCCAACUCAACAUUCAAUCGUAACUUUGCGGUCGGUACGUUGCCAUGCCGUCUGCUCAGUCUCUCACUUGGCAGUGCAUUCAACUGCACACUCCAGGUUACUUCUGGGGGCCAGCAACUAUCAGUCCUCCCUGCGUCGCUCACAUCGUUGACCCUGAGCACCAUGUUCAAACAGCCACUCCUACCAGGCGUGCUGCCUCCAUCAAUCACAUCUCUAACAAUGGGUCACAAGUAUAACAAACAGAUUGGUCAAGAUGUACUCCCUCCAUCAUUGCGCACACUUGUCUUUAAGGCAUUAUUCAAUCGACAGAUAACCAUUGGUGUACUGCCUCGGUCUCUGUUGUCACUAGAGUUUGGAAAGGAAUACAACCAACCAAUUACUCAUAAUGUAUUGCCAGCAAGUUUAACCGAACUUGUGUUUGGUUCGAUGUUUGACCAGCAACUGGCGCCAGGCACACUACCAAGCAGCCUAACAAUGUUGAAGUUUGGCAAUCGUUUUAAUCAAUCACUUGGACACCAUGGUAUUCUUCCUCAAACACUACGUACUCUAUGCCUUGGCGAACAGUACCAACAUCCAGUGACAAUCACCACACUGCCCCACUCAUUGACAAAGCUGAGUUGUGAACUUAGAAACACUGUUACAGAUACACCAGCUGUUGGUGGAGGGAUGGCGCCAUCGCUGUUCCCUGCAUCGUUGACCCGCCUUUCGAUUGGACCAACAUUUAAUCAAUUGAUUGGAGUUGGAAUGCUACCUCCAGCACUCACCAAGAUAUCGCUUGGCACAUUCUACAAUCAACCUUUGAACCCAGGUGUACUUCCAUCAACUCUAAGAAAAUUGGACAUGAGGAGUAGUUCAUUCUCACAUCCACUGAUGCCUGGAUCACUCCCUACAUCACUCCAGAAAAUUGUCUUUGGCUAUUCAUUCGACCGACCACUCCCGCCAGGUCUCCUGCCAAUGGGUCUAACCAGCCUGUCAUUCGGCUUUGCAUUCGAUCAAAGGAUUACACCUGGCAUGCUACCUUCAUCAUUAACUCGUUUAAAGUUUGGACGUGACUAUAAUCAACCAAUACAAGUUGGGACACUACCAAACUCAAUCAAAUGGCUUACAUUUGGUGCAAGGUUUACACAAUCGCUGGCUGUUGACGCACUGCCAGCAGGACUGUCCAGAUUGUCACUACACAUUCAAAAGGUCAAGCAGAGUGUACUGGCCCACGUCGAUUGUCUCGAACUCAUUGUGUUUCCAUAUGAACCAAUGGCAUUCCUAAGAAACAAGGUUGGUUUCCCUUAUUGUCCAAACAUUGACAACAUAAUGAUGUUGGGCUACAACUACGGAACAACAUUGUGUACAACUAUAAGGAUGUUGGAUAACAUCUAUGUACUGGUUCUCUCACAUAACCUUGAGGGCUAUGUAUGCAAGGCGACCGAAUUAGUUGGACUCAAAGUAGAGUGA